GGCAGCGGCAGCAGCACUGACAGGAGGCGGCAGGUGAAUGAUUCUCACUUUAAUUCUUCAUGUUCCACUGAACUGAAGGAAAUCACCCGAGAGCAGCCGCCGCCGAGCGAGAUGCGUGUGCGUGUGCGUGUGUGACGAGUUCAAACUACAACCACCGCAGCUCAGAGGGGACAAAAAGACCCGGGUCAACACGCCGCUGCAGACUUAGCAGGUCAGUUGUGAGAGGAGGAACCUCAGUGGUGUAGCCAUGUUGUCGGCGGAGGACAUUCUGUGUAACACGCAGCAGGUGAUCGCAGGGCUGGAGGCUCUCAGAGGAGAGAACCGCAGUCUGCUGGGGAGCUUGCAGGAGGCGAUGGAGAGCCGCUCUGCGAUGGAGAGCCGCUCUGCUUCAGAGAGCGGCAGCGUGGAGCAGGAGAAGAGCGGCAUCAUCCGUCAGUCACUGGAGAGGAUAGAGCUGGGGCUGAGCGAGGCACAGGUGAUGAUGGCGUUGUCGGCUCACCUCGGAUCCCUGGAGGCCGAGAAACAGAAGCUGCGAGCUCAGGUGCGUCGUCUCUGCCAGGAGAACCAGUGGCUGAGGGAUGAGCUGGCCGGUGCUCAGCAGCGGCUGCAGGACAGAGAGCAGGAGGUCGUGACCCUGGAGGAGCAGAACAGACAUCUGCAGUUCAUGUCGUCCAUUCGCAAAUACGACCUGGAGGAGCCUCACCUGGAUGACAAAGACACAUCCUCCAACAAAGAGUCUCUGGAUGAUCUUUUUCCCACUGAUGAUGAGGAACAGUCCCAGAUGUCCCAGCCUCACCACAGCAGUGCAGCCGCUGCAGCCCAGCAGGGCGGCUACGAGAUCCCCGCCCGCCUCCGGACGCUCCACAACCUGGUCAUCCAGUACGCCUCCCAGGGCCGGUACGAGGUCGCUGUGCCGCUCUGCAAACAGGCUUUGGAAGACCUGGAGAAGUCUUCAGGCCACACGCACCCAGACGUCGCCACCAUGCUGAAUAUACUGGCGCUGGUGUAUAGAGACCAGAACAAAUACAAAGAAGCAGCCAGUCUGUUGAACGAUGCGCUGGCGAUCAGGGAGAAAACUCUGGGGAUGGACCAUCCAGCUGUGGCUGCAACACUCAACAACCUGGCAGUGCUCUAUGGGAAAAGAGGGAAAUACAAGGAAGCCGAGCCGCUUUGUAAACGAGCUCUGGAGAUCCGGGAGAAGGUUCUAGGUGUAGACCACCCAGAUGUGGCCAAGCAGCUGAACAACCUGGCGCUGCUGUGUCAGAACCAGGGGAAGUACCAGGAGGUGGAGCUGUACUACGAACGAGCUCUGCACAUUUACCAAAGCAAACUGGGACCAGACGACGCCAACGUGGCAAAGACCAAGAACAACCUGGCCUCAUGUUAUCUCAAACAGGGGAAAUACAGACAAGCUGAGGCUCUUUACAAAGAGAUCCUGACCCGGGCACAUGAAAAGGAGUUUGGAUCAGUAGAAGGGGAAGGUCGUCCCAGCUGGUCCGGAGCCGAGGACACUGGAUCCAGACCGGACGGACUCAGUAACCUGAAGCGCAGCGGCUCCUUCACCAAGCUCCGAGAGUCGAUACGCAGAAGCAGUGAGAAACUGGUCCGCAAGCUAAGAGGAGUGGAGCUGGAGGAAACCACCCCGAGGAAUGCUGGGAUGAAGAGAGCCAACUCUCUGAAUGUGCUGAACGUUGGAGCCAGAGAGAGUCAGGAAGGUGCAGAGUCGAGCCGUUUGACAGAUAUCCGAGGCCUGAGCUCCAGCACGCUGAGUCUGACGAGACGAGGCUCACUCGGGGGGACCAGCUAACACACACACACACACACGCACCCACACACACACACACACGCACACACACACACACACACACACACACUGUUAAGUUGUAAACUAACAGCCCAGAAUCGAUCGCUUCAUUUAGAGGAACUUCACCAAAGUGAAUUCCCCUUUUUUUUUCCUUUAUUUAAAUCAACGCAGGUUCUUUUUUUCUACUCAGAUAUUUAAAAGUUCGGAAACUCGUUUGUUAAAAAUAAAACACUUUUUUAAAACAUUGACUUUAACACUGUAAACAAACACUUUAAAGUUCCAGUAAUCUGUUGUUAAAAGUCGAGGUUGUGUCCCUCCUGCUGGUUUCGCCUUUUCAGGAACAUUUUACUCUGAUGAAAUGGAAAAAAGGUAUUUUUAAGUUUACAUUUUUUUUUUAAGCUAAAGAGGUUUAUUGAAAUGAAUCUUAUCAUUUUUAAAAACCUUGUUUUUGAGGAUCACAGGGACGUAAACUUAUUUUUGCAAAAUGAUCCAAAUGUGUUUGUGGAAAUUUGAAUGUGACAUUUGGUUUACAAGGGCAAAGUUUAUACCGUUAAAGAAAUGUUUAAAUAAGAGAAAUGCUUUUGCCUUUUAAAUGUGCAGGUCAUUGAAUUAAUAUUUAAUAUUUCCAGAUGAUAAUCAUAAAAACACAAAUGAGUGAUUUUAGCUGCUUUGCACCACAUUCCACUUCUGUCAUUCCAUUUCAUGAAACUUAAGAAACCCAACACCAGCACAUAUCUGACUUGAAUCAAAUCAAUGGGGAAGUGAUGUCGGACUUUUGGACACAAACUGCAGAAUAUCAGUCAAUAUGUCAUUUUUGUUCACACGCCUCAAUAUUCAGAAAAAUAUGAAUUUUACCAUUUUAUACAUUUGAGUUUUUAAAUUCAUUUUAAUUUCUAUUCAGUUCAGAACAUAGUUUCAUGCUACAUGGAUUCCCAAAGUCAUUGUGUGCCUGAGUCACUGUGGUUAUGGUUUCCUGCUGCACCCACUGAUUUCUUGGGGGCAGUGAAAAGUUGUGAACAAAGUUUACAUAUCAUCAAUGUUUAAGUUGAUAUCGUGAACUUGUUAACAAACAGUUGCUUAAUCUGACGUGAAACAGUAACAGACCAACUUAAACAUUUAUUCAGAGUCAUGUUUGUGAGCUCCAUGUGAAGUCAUUGAAGUCCUGAGGGAACCAUGUGGCUCUUCAGCUGCUAAAUGCUCGAUGCUCUGUUCACCAGCUGGUCUGUGUCUGCUGUCGGGUGCUGAGCAGGUCGGGUUCAAACCCAUGUGGCAGAUAAAAGAAGCUGAGGAGCGAGUGAGCAGUGAAACACGAGCUGGAACAAGAGAAAGCUCAACGUCCCGAGGGCUGCAGGUUUACCUGAGAAUUCUCAGUAGCUUUGAAUUAAGCCACUUUAACUCUUUCAUCUUGUAAUUGUAAUUUUAUGCUAAUUCACUGAAAUGCCUGAAAUCCACGAUGCAUGAAGUCACUAAUAUAAAUAUGAAAUAGCUUUUAAUAUGAUGUAGAUUUAUUUGUGCUAUUUAAUUUGUUGUAGAGAGAAUUACUUGAACUAAUAACUUUCGACUCAGUCUAGAUUCAAUUCUUACAUCAACACUGCUUCUUCCAUUUUAUGUUAAUGCAGGUAGAACAAUAACUAAUUACACAUAUUAACUCAGGAUUGUUGAAGUUUGAAACAGAUGCAACAAAAUGCUGCUCGGAGGAAACUAGGCUCCUUGACAAUGACCCUCAUGGAUUUUAGUCCGUUCUGUUCUUAGGAUUCGCUUCAUUUUCUUUUUCACUCAAUCACUUUCCAUGGUUGAGAACGACUGAUUGUACGUUUGCUGUGGUAGAAGAGAAGACUGCUGAUUGUUGCAAGGGCUAAAACCGCACUAUGUAGUUACUGUGGUAAUUACUGUUACAAUCUAUAUGAAGCACUUAUGUUUGAUACACAUUUAAUUGGAAAAACUAUGUAGAAGAUGGAAAACAUCUCUUCUGAUGAUGUGUUUAUUCUGGUGAAUAUGAAUGUUUGUAUUUUAUAUUUUCAAACUUGAGCUGAAAUAAAUGACAAGAUGUUAAACCUU